CGGCUAGGAUCAGAACAGGCGGCGGCGGCGUGUGUGUGUUCCUCUUUCCCAUCGUUCAUCUCCUAUCCUGGGCUGAGUCCUGCUUGUAUCCAAACCAUUGUAACCGAGAGAUUAUCAAGAGAGUACCUAACACCUGGUAUCAGACGCCAAACCACCUCCCUUCCUCGCGAUGGAGACACGCAAGCAGAUCGCGGAUCGCCAGCGGUUGUUCGCCACCAUGGAUCCGGCGCUCAAAGCUUAUCUCGACAAGUUGACGGAGACGCUGACACAAGCCAGCGCGGACACGCGCACCGACAUCCAAGGCCUCAAGGGGCAGAUCAACGCCCAAUCGGAGCAGGUGGAGGCGCUCGCGGCAUGGCAGCCGGACCUCGAGGCCCGGUUCGCCAAGCUGCAGGAGUCGGUCUCCGCCCUGCAGAGCACACAGUCUUCUCGGGCUGCUGCUGCUGCUGCUGCUGCAGGUGGCUCGUCGCGAACUGCCGGUCCUCGUGGUCUAGCCUCGCUCGACGAGAUCCAUGGGCCCGAUGGCCACGACGCGCAUCAUCAUCCACGGAGCCUGUCGUCGGGGGGAGAGCACCCGCCGACGGCAACUCCGGCCAAUGGGGCUAGACCGGGAGGAAUGGGGAUGGAUUGGGGAAGCGGAACGAAGGGGCUGCAUAGAGGAGACGGGAUGGAUCGGGCUAUCGUGAGGGCCCUUGUGAUGCAACGACGACAGUGAGGAACAAGGCAGGCGGUGGCAACCCUUGGCGCUUCGAGCAGGAACCAAUUGAUAUCUUUUUAUAUGAUCGAUGGAUGGCUUGUCAGUUACAGAAGAGACCAGGAAAAAGAAAAGGGCUACAUAAGACGAACAGGAAAAAGAAAAGGGCUGCCAUUCGGUGGAGAAGAUGAAUAUGAUCUAAAUUAAUCGAUGGGCAGUUAAUUGGCCAGGAUUUCUACGACCCAUGCAUGCCGGAGGCGACUGGAAAAGGGAUAGCUUGAUUUUUUUUAGCAUUAUAAAAACGGGAUGAUGUGGUGCAUGCACCUUGAACAAAAAAUAUUAGGUGGGCUAAUGUGGCUGCAUGGCUUAGGUGGAUAGUCUGCAUGUGGAGAUAAAUUAGAUAGUGGGGAUGAAUCUCUUAGGUAUAUAGGAUGCGUGUUCAGAAGAGAAAUUUGGUCCAAUGUGUGCAGGGCCCUCGGAAGACCAGACCGGACCCCAUAGGGGAUGGAUAUACUCUUUGAGUGGUGCACCAACAAGCAAGGCAAUGGGCACUGCAAAAAGGACAUAUGUGGAAUUGUGGUUCUUAUCGUGUGGUCCAUUUGGAAGCAG